AUGUCUGUGUCUAGCCUGGGUGCAGCAGUACCUGCUGCUUAUGAAGAGACAGUCUCUGCUUCAGAUGGGGGCUCCGUCGACUCGCUGUUUAUUGCUGAUAUUCAUGAGCGCCGAGAAGACAAAAGGAGACAGUUAGAAGCUGAGGAGACAGACAGCGAUGAAGGAGACAGGGGUAUUAUCAACGACUUGCUGCGGCACUUCAGACAUUGCUGCGCGAGCAGAAAGAAGGGCCGCUAUGCACCUGCUGCUGCUGCUACUGCUGCUGCUUCAGCACCAUCUGCUGCUGCUGCUGCUGCUGCUUCUACCCUUGCUGCAGCAACAAAGGGACCCACACGUGCCCAAACCUACUCCGUCUCCGGCAGCAGCAGCAGCAGCAGCAGCAGCAGCAGCGCAGCACGAAGCACCUUCGUAGACAGAUAUAUGGGCGAUCUUGCACAUGUUGUUCAGUGGAGGAUCUUACUGGGGGCCCCGGGGGCCCCGGGGGCCCUAGGGGGCCCCCCUUCAUUAACAACAAAUCAGGCUGCUUGGGCUGCAUGCAGAUGGUGUGCAUGCAUAGAGAACAACGAGAAGAUGUGCAGCAAAAUGCUCUCAUAUUUGCUUCUAGCAGCAGAGCAGCAAAAAGCUGCUGUAGAUAUAUCGCAUGCAAUUAAGGAGACACCUGACUUCAAGUGUAUCCUCUUCUCAAGAAAAUUAGAGGGUAGGGGCCCCGAAGAUGUCUUAGGCGAUUUCAGUGGUUUAUAUCUCUCAAGUGCUGGUGGGGGGGCCCCCUCAGGGGGGGGGCCCCCAGGGGGGGGGCCCCCAGGGGGCCCCCUUGGGGGCCCCCUAGGGGGCCCCAGUGGGGCUGUAUAUGGUGUGUUACAAGCACCUAGAGUGGUGGGGUUGUUUGCAAGAAGGUAUGGGGAGCUUGAAGAUUUUAGUGUCUUUAAUGUGAAUCCUCUAGAGAAGGAAGGCUUCCCGCCGAGCUUUAUUGGGUUUAAAUCGUAUGUCUAA